AGCAAACUCCAAAGGUUUAUAUGAAGCAAAAACCCAUAAACGAAACAGUAACGACGCCGUAUCAAUGGCUUCUUCUUCGCUCUUCCAUUUCCUACUACAUCACCAAAAACGUUCCCUCUGCACCAAAAUCUCCUCUUCGAAAUGGAAAGUAAAACAAGUAACAAUCUCCAACUUCAACGAUUCAUUAGAGGAAAUCAAAACCAACAUCUCAAAUUCCGAUUUUAUCGCCAUUUCUAUGGAGAAAACUGGUUCUUCUUCCACUACUCCGUGGCACCGUGUUCAGCCUUUCGAUACGGCGGAAACUGCUUAUCUGAAAGCUAGUCAGUCUGCUCAGCGGUUUCAGCUUCUUCAGUUCGCUGUCUGCCCGUUUUCUGUUACAGAUUCUAACAACCUCGUUGCUCAUCCGUAUAAUUUUCUUUUGUUUCCAAGGGAUGAGUUAAAGCUUGGUAUGCCUGCUUACAGUUUUUUGUGCCAGACGUCUCAUUUGGCAACCAUGGCUCGCCAGGGUUUUGAUUUCAAUGCUUGCAUAUAUGAAGGUAUAUCAUAUUUAUCUAGAGCACAAGAGUCAGUUGCUAAAAUUCGUUUAGGGACCAGUUCUCCAUCUCUUGGUGUGAUGAAAUCUUCUUCACCUCCUACUGUUGCUGAUACAGUUUUUAUUGAGAGGAUUAGAUCACGGAUUAAACAUUGGAGAAAUACAUGCAAAAACUCGGGCACAAAGACAAGCAAAGAUGACGAACUUAUCAACUCUAUUAGGAAUAUUAUCUCGGGUAGUGAACAGUUCAAAUUAAGACCGUGCUUGAAUGUAGAUGUUUGCAGUGACCGCCAAGUGCAACUAAUUCUGCAGAUGGUAGUAGACUUCUCAGAUGACUUGCUUCCUUUAGUGAUACCUUCAAAGGGUGGGACAACUCAGGCAGUACGUGUCGUUUUGACGAAAUCAAGAGAAGAUAAGGAAGUGUUGGAGAGAGAGCUUCGUAGUUUGGAAGAGGAGGAGAGCAAGAAAAUUCGUGGAUUUCGAGAGGUGAUCGAUUUGAUUUCCGCUUCACAGAAACCCGUUAUCUCCCACAAUUGCCUUAAUGACUGUACACUUAUUCAUUCAAAAUUCAUCGCACCACUGCCAUCAGAAGUAGAUGAAUUUGUGAGCUCCUUGUGCAAAAUUUUCCCCAAAGUAAUUGACGUGAAUUAUUUAUUGAAGAAAAGUGGAACCAUGAAAAAAGUGACCAACAUCCGUAAUGCUUUAUCCUACAUGAAUACUCAUUUCCUUGCACUAGUUGAAAUGGAAAUUCCUGACCAAGAUACAAUAAACAAAGGCAAGAUUGAUGGUCUUGAUGCUUUAAGGCUAUCCUACUUAUUUAUGAAGCUCUGCUCUGUAUUGAAAAUUUCUCCUGUUGUAACUGAAUCUGGAAAUAGGCAAUUGGCCCCGCAGCUUGAAGACUUCACUAAUGUAUUCCAUUCAUGCUCAGCCAAUAUCCAAGAAUCAUCAUGUAACGAGGAUGUUAGUGUGUGGACCAAUAAUACAAGAAAAGCAAAUUGCGAACAUUUAGUAUUCUUAUGGGGAUUUAAGUUUGGUAUGACGGCCGGCAUGUUGAAGAGUGUUCUCCGUGAAUCCCAUGACAUCUUUUUAGAAGAGUUUGAUGUUAAAUUCGUGGACAAGAGUUGUGCCUUUGUCGUUUUCUGGGAACCUGGCUUGUCGAAAGAUUUUCUAAAUGUAAUGAAUGAUGAACAAAUUAGUGGGGGCUUAAAGGAAUUAGUAUCAGAUGGCUUGAGGGUAACAGGUUAUGAGACCUAUAGAACAAUGUGUAGGCUAGGUUUGUGGGAGAUAGAUCUUGCUGAGUCUUUAGAGAAAUCCUUGGAGUGUUCUCUCAAUGAUACAGAUAUUCAUAGUGAAAGAAAACCAGAGAUUCCAUGGUGUAAUGACAAUGUAAUCAACUUGGAUGAUCUUUGAUGUUGUAGCUAACCUAUUCUUUGAAUUUGGUUUCUAUCAUUUGUUCAUUGCAAA